AUGGAUGAAAAAAUAGAAUUAUUAAUCAGUAUAAUAAACAAAUGGACAAACAAAUACGCCCAUAAAAUAUAUGUCACGGGCCGGGAUGAAGAAAAAAGGGAGCAUUAUUAUAAAGUAAUUUUUUUUCACCAAAGCCAAAACGAGCCUAUCCCCAAAUAUAAAAUAGAUGCAUAUUUUAUAGUAACCGAAUUAAGCACAUCUAAUUUAGAUCCUUUUAGUAUCUAUACAAAUAAUAAUGAUAAAUAUUUUGUAACAUUUAAAUUUGAAAACGAAACUCUAACACGAACUUUAGAUAUGAACUUGAACUGUGAAGCAUGGAUUGAUAAAUUAAUAAAAGACAAAGAAAAAUUGAGAGGAAACAUAAAUUUGUCAUCCAAAUUUAUGAAAUCCAGAUUUGCAAAAGCAGUUCCAAAAACAGAGGUCUCAUUAAUACUCCAAAAAAUAAAAGAAGAAAGAGAAUUAUUAAGAAAAAAUAAUCAAGAAAAGGAAAAAUCUGACGAAUCGAUAAAUGAAAAUAUAUUGAAUAAAAAUUGUUUUUAUGAUCAAACUUAUGAGUUAGAAAAGAUUAAUUCUCAAUCAUAUUUAAAUAAUAUAGAUAAAAAUGAAUUAGAUCGAAAUAAAAAAGAAAACUAUCAAAAUGAUAAAUUAAAUGAAGCUUUAUCUUUUCUUAAAUCAAAUUUAUGUCUUUACUUUUCCAACGCAGACAUUAAAAAGAGGGGAAAAGUUAAACAUAACAAUUAUGUUGAGAUAUUAAAAAUGAUAAACUACAAAUUGUGUAUUAGCUAUUUAUAUUUUAAAAAUAAAGAAAAUCAAGAAAAUAAAGAAAAAAAAUUGGAGCACGAAUUAAAUGAGGCUACAAAUGAAUCGGACAAAUAUUUUUUUUGUGAUACGGAUGAAUGUUUAAGUAUAAAUGAUAAUUCUGAAACAGAAGGAAACGAUAAAAAUAAAAAUGUAGAAAAAGAAGAUAGAAAAUAUUUAUCUAAUUUAUUUAAUAGUAAUAAUAAAGAAAUAAAUUUAAUUAAAAAUUGUGAUAUAUAUAUAAAUAAUAUGUUUAAUGGGUUUAAUAUAUUUUUUGACAACCCUGAAGAGAUACCUCAAAAUUCUAAUAUAUUUAUUUUUGACAAUAAUAUGGAAUCGUAUUAUAAUUAUAUUUUUACAAACAACUAUUACGAUUUUUUGUUAUAUAUUUCAUAUGCUGAUGAAGAAGAUAACGGGUUUAUAUAUUAUAACAAUUAUGUAAAUAUCUUACCAAAAUAUUUAUAUGAAUUAAAAAAGAAUAGAGAAUUAUUUAUAGAUAUGAGUUUUGACAAUUUAAUUUUAUAUAAACAAUUAAUAUAUGCAUGUUAUGAAAAUGAAUUGAAUUUUUUAUAUGAUACUCUUUUAUUUCAAUUUAAAAAAUAUGAUUUAUGUGAUAGUGGAUACAUCUAUCAUAUUAAAUUUAAAAAAAUUCUAGAAGAAAAUAAUCAUAUUAUAUCAAAACAAGAAUAUAAAUUAUUGAUUCGUAUUUUUCAUUAUAAUGAUGAUAAUUAUGUCUAUUAUAAAAAUAUCAAAGAAGUUAUUUUAAAACUUAGGUUCGAGGGAAUUAGAAAUAGUAUUUUUGAAAGGAAUGCAGAUUUGUUACAAAAAUAUUUAUGUGAACAAUUAGUAAAACAUAAUUUAAAAAAUAAAAAAAAAAUUCAUAUAUUUGAUUGUAAAUAUGUUUUAGAUAAUUGUGAUAAAUUAUAUUUAAAUAAAAAUACGAUUCAUACAAUAUUAUGUUCAUUAGAUUUUGAUAAAAAUUUAGAAUUAGAUGUAAAUUUGUUUUUAAAAGUAGCAAUUACUAUUAUUAUUAAUAUGAUAAAAUUAGAAAAUAUGCAAAUGAUAUAUAAUAUUAUCACGGAUGAUAAACAAAAAAAAGAAGACGGUCAAACUGAUGGAGCAAAUGGGGCAUUCUCAAAAAAAAAGACAAUACGAAUUGCAGAAAAGGCAAAUAUACCAGCACAAGAAUUAGUAGAAAUUACCUUAACAAAAUUGUUCAAAGUAUUAGAUGAAAAAAAUGAAGAUAAUUUAAAAAUAAUUGACUUUAUUGAAACAUUAUUGGAAUCAAAUAAAAAAAAAAAAAUUAUAGACAUAAAAGAAAUAUGUAAGUUAAGCAAAAAAGAGUUACAAGGUUUCGUAGCAGAAAUCGAUACAGAACCCAAAAAAAAAAGCUUUAUAAAUGAACAGAAUAAAAGCAACAGAAGUUUUGAAAUUUAUAAAAAUAGAAAAAUUCAUUAUGCUUCUCAUAUACAUAAAUGGUGUUCAAAAACAUAUCAAAUAAGAUCGUGUGAAUACUAUAGCCAUUUUUUCAAUCAUCCUCACAACCUUGUUGAAUUGAAUGAAGAUAUUAAUAAAAGAUUACUGUUUUGUGAGGAAGAAAAAGAGUUAUUUUAA